UGCAACCGCCCAGUGAGCCCACCAGCCAGACUGUAUCGGCGGGUGUCCACCCCAACAUUCUAUCCGGCUUUCCCUCUCCACCCGCUCGGCAUCCCCAUCAAGAACCUCACCGGCUCGUCGAUAUGUCAUCCGCUCGUCUGCCACCAGCCUUGGCUCCCACCGAGGAGGACAUCAGUCUCCUCCUAGCUGCCCAAUGUCACAUUGGAAGCAAGAACUGCACGAAGGGCAUGGAGCGAUACGUCUACAAACGCCGAGCUGAUGGUGUCAACGUCAUCAACAUUGGUCACACCUGGGAAAAAUUGAUCAUGGCCGCUCGAAUUAUCACCGCCAUUGAGAACCCCAACGAUGUUUGCGUCAUCUCAGCUCGUCCCUACGGACACCGAGCUGUCCUCAAAUUCGCCGCCAACACCGGGGCCCAAGCCAUCGCUGGUCGUUUCACUCCCGGAAACUUCACCAACUACAUCACCCGAUCCUUCAAGGAACCUCGUUUGAUCGUCGUCACCGACCCCCGUCUGGACGCCCAAGCCAUCCGGGAAGCCUCCUACGUCAACAUUCCCGUGAUUGCGCUCUGUGAUACGGACGCCUCAUUAAACUUUGUGGAUGUUGCGAUCCCGACGAACAACAAGGGCAAACACUCGGUCGGUUUGAUCUGGUGGCUCUUAUGCCGAGAGGUCCUCCGACUCCGAGGCACCGUUGCCCGAUCUGGCGAUGGCGCCUGGGGCGUCAUGCCUGACAUGUUCUUCUUCCGUGAUGCCGAAGAGAUCGAGGCUGAGGCCGCCGACAAGGCUGCUAAGCUGUUGGAAGAACAAGGCGGAGCUGCCCUCGGUGAGAACCGUGCCGUUGACUGGGAUGUCGCCGGUCCCGGUGCUGGUAUCGUCGCGGCUGCUGCUACCAUGCCCUCGGUUGAGGUCGACUGGACUGCCCCUGAGGCCACAACUGAUUGGGCUGCCGCCGACACUGGUGACGCCCAAUGGAACGCCUCCGCUCCCGCUGCUGACGCCUCGGGCUGGUAAACGAAAACGCAAAAAGUGACCAAUUCAGACUUUUAUGACAUCUCGAUCGAUCCAUUAAUGUUUGCACAUCGUCGCUUGUUUUUUGCACCCCAUCUAAGUACAACAUGUCCCUGAAAUUGGAUUUAUUUGUUAAUCACAUAUCACUUCGCCAUUUGCCUCAAGCCCAAGACAUUGAAAGUUACUAAAGAAGCAACUGUUUGGUCUGAGAAUGUUACCCAAACCCGCAUUUCUCUCCAGCUCUACAAUUUCUGGAGCGGAGGGUUUAAGCUGCCUUGUAGUCUGCCGUGACAAUCUUUGCAGGGGGCGGUGAAAAAUAUGCUGUGGAUCGUGACAUCCAUUCCAGUCAUAUCACCAUGUUCCUGAGAAAAGACUGCCGUAUCUCUGGUUCUGGUUAGUGUCACGUCCUUGACAAGAAAACCAUUUGGGUCUUUCUGGAAGCAUAAAAUGCCAAUGAGGCUUGCACUGAAAUGUGAGAAAAUCUUGACUGGAAGUGCCC